CCAAAAAGUUUAUUAAUACUGUAAGAGUUACUCGAAAAUGGACGACAAAAUAUUAAAAUCACCCCUUCCUCCCAUACCUUACCCCGAGAUAUCGGUCGCAAAGUAUAUUCUCGACCGUCUCAAGCAGUUUAGUGGACAAAAAACUGUUCUGCUUGACUGCCCAUCGGGCCGUAAACACAGUGCCCAACAGGUCUACGAUCACAUCCUCAACAUCGCCGCCGCUUUCGUGGACUUAGGCCUUAAUAAAGGAGAUGUCGUGCUAUUCAUAUCACCCAAUAGUGACUAUUAUGCCAUCGGUUUGCUGGCAGUUAUGGCAGCCGGAGGUGUCUUCAGCGCGUGCAGUGAAUUGAGUUCUUAUCGCGAAGUCUACAAUGCCAUUGAGGACACGACCGCUAAGUAUGUGGUCUGUACUCCGGAUAACUUGGAGGACAUCAAGAAUAUCGCAGAAUGUUUGCCACAGAUUAGAAAAAUCAUAUUAAUGUCAAACGAGUGGACAUCACAGACAGACCCAAAGGUUGUGAAUUACUUCCAGUUAUAUGAUUACGAGGCCUCCGAAUGUAGCUAUGAUUUGCCCAAACGGGUCGACUGUCACCAAGACAUGGCAGCCCUACUGCUAUCAUCCGGGUCUACGGGUCGACCCAAACCCAUAAUCCGUUUGCAUAGGAAUGUCAUUAACCUGACCCACCAGUUCCAGCACCAGGAGAUUUGGGGGUUGACUGAGAGAAGUGUACACUCCUGUCAAAACACAUUCUGUCAUUCCGGUGGACUCACAUUCCUAUUGCAUUCAAUAGCGUCGGGUGCCAUCGCUGCCAUUAUGCCGGCCUUCGAGGGCAACAAAUUCAUUAAUUAUGUGGAAAAAUAUAAGAUUACGAGUGCUUUUCUGGUGCCCUCUUAUGUCAUAUUCUUAGCCAAUGUCGACGUUUCCAACAGAGAUGUGUCCAGUUUUGAGGACAUCAUAUGCGCCGGCAGUCCACUGCCUGAAGGGAUCGCCGACAAAGUGUUUGCGAAUAUGGGACUCAAGUACUUUCGUCAGGGUUAUGGUAUGACUGAAGUGGGAUUCUGCACUCAAGUAUUCCGGAGCAAGAAUUUAGAGCACAAGGCGUCGGUGGGCUGGUGUGUGCCCGACUCCCAGGUCAAGGUUGUCGACCCAAACACCAGUGAACUACUGGGCCCUAAUCAAGUGGGCGAGGUAUGGAUCAAAAGCCAUCAGAUGACACCCGGGUAUCUGAACCUCCCCGACAAGAAUGCCGAGUCGUUCGACGGCCAGGGAUUCAUACGGUCGGGCGAUGCCGGCUAUUAUGACUCCCAGCGCCUGCUGUACAUUAUGGACAGGUAUAAGCAGAUCCUAAAGGUCGAGGGUAUUAUAGUGUUGCCCUCGGAGUUGGAGUACCUGUUGCUCAGCCACGAGGACGUGUCGGAGGCGGCGGUGAUUGGCGUCAAACACAGCUAUUAUGUUGAGGUCCCGAAGGCCUUCGUUGUACUCAAGCCUCAGAGGAAAGUGAGUGAAGAGAAACUCAUUCAAUACAUCGACGGACUCGUCAACGAUGUCAAGAAACUCAGAGGAGGUCUCACGAUAUUGCAAGAGUUGCCGAAGACUCCCCUGGGCAAGAUUAAUAAGACUUUACUUCAAUGAUGUGCUUAUUUUUUAUAUAUAUUUAUUUGCUUGUUUAUAUAUAAUAUACACACUUAAUAUA